UGUAAAGCUGAAGGAUAAGGCUUGUGUAAAAGUAUGAAGCUCUGCCGCGCUGGGGAGCCAGGAGGGACGGCAGGCUGCUGUCAGUAGUUACUCUGAAAGACUUCACAACUUCUAAGUCGUGAUACCAAGUCAGGAGACAAAAUCAGCGUACCCUGAGGGACUCUGCAUAGCACAUCGGGGCUGGUCGCCUGCUGAUGCGGAAAUUAAUUGCAGAGGAGCUGUGCAUACCUUGGAAUGAAGUACACUUGCAAAAGACACCAAAAGGAAAACCUUUCCUGGCCAGUAACUUAGUCGGUAUCAACUCAAAUUACAACUUCAAUGUCUCUCAUCAAGGAGAUUAUGCAGUCCUUGCAGCUGAGCCUGAGCUUCAAGUUGGCAUUGAUGUUAUGAAGACUGAUUUACCAGGUAGUAGCUCAAUUCCAAAUUUCUUUCACAUAAUGAAGCGACAGUUUACUGAAACAGAGUGGGAUGUAAUCAAGUCAAUGAGUAAUGAAUGGAUGCAGCUGGAUAUGUUUUAUCGGCACUGGGCCUUAAAAGAAAGCUUCUUAAAAGCCAUUGGAGUUGGAAUUGGCUUUAACUUGCAAAGAAUUGAAUUUAAUGUGUCUCCAUUGCAACUGGAAAUAGGGAAGGUGUAUAAGGAGACAAAAAUGCUUCUGGAUGGAGAAAAAGAAGAGGAGUGGACAUUUGAGGAAACCCGCUUGGAUGACAAUCAUCAUGUUGCAGUGGCGCUUGGGAAACAGGAGGGAUUUGUACAGAAGGAUUCUAAUGUCCAUUCCAUGGAGCCUAACCAACCACAAUUUACAGUAUUGACUUUUGAAGAUUUAGUUGCAUCUGGUAUUCCUGUCGCACCUGAGGAUUCUGCAUAUUGGGACAAUUUCUGUUCAAAGCAGGAGGGUCCAGUGAAACAGAGUUCACAGUCAAGAUAAGACUGUAUAUAAGAAAAAGAAACUUGUCAAAGUUCUUAUGCUGUUAUCCUGUUUAAUUUCAAGUAUGGGAAUAAGUGCACAUAUGUAAAUGAAAUGUACCUUUCCCUAUUUAAGCUGACAACCUGAUUUUCAUGACACUGCAUUGGAAUUGUAAGGAAGACGUUUCCUUACUGAAGGAAUUCCGAAUGAGAAGCCUAAAUCAGCCUUUUUGCAUCUCCUUGCAUGUAGUUCUUACAUUUCAGUAAUUAUCCAGACUAGGAACAGAAAGCAGUUGUACAAUAAUGUUGUUUAUUAGUGAACAAGUAUUUAGUAUACAAAAAUGUGUUUCCAUACUAAUUUAUGCUGAAGCUUAAAUUAUGAUACUGCCUUUUCUCUAACAAAAAUUAUUCAUUUAUUCUCAGAUGGACAAAUUUAAAAAAUGAUACAAAUUCUAUGCUGUACAACACUUGGUCUUUGUGUAAUGCCAGGCUGAAAAGGUCUGUAGCAGUCUUGGAGCUACAUGUGUGCAAAAAUAGUUUGAGACAGGGGAUUAACUUGCAAAUAUUUCAUAGUCUUUUCACUUCUUAUCUUUGUUAAUUAAAGCUUCCUGUACAUAACUUGGUAUUUGUCUUUUAACACUUCUUUUUUGUAUUUUUUUUCUCAGCAAUAGAUGCAAGGCAAGCAGCAGUUCAAUUUUCCUAGGCUUGCAUUUGCGUCAGUCAUGGGGGGGAGCCCAAAGAGAAAAAGAAAGCUAUUUACUUUUUUCCAAAUAGUCUUGUAACAUCUGAUGACACAACAUUUUGCUGUCCUAACAUCAAAUGAAAGUUUCUGGAGAUCUGUAGAUCUUGAGUACACAUCUAAAAUAUUUUGUCUUCUUUUUCAAAAUGAAUCCUGUUUUGUGCCAUUACUUCUCAAUCUUCUUUUUAGAAAUCAUAGAUACAGUGUGGUCCAUCUAAAUUUAAGAAAACAUACUGAACAGAAUGAUCUUUGCACAAAGAUAAUUACCUUCUAUCCUACAGUUAAACAUAGAUUUUCAUUGAAUUUGGGGUUGUGUACAACUAGCGUGCACCCUGUAUUCUGGUGUACACCAUGAAAAGGAGAAUCUACUUGUAGAGUAAACACUGAAUCUAUGCCUUAUUACAAAGAUGAAGAAAAUUUUGUGAGAGAGGAUGAUUGUUACAACUCUUAUACAAGCAUUUGGAGUGCUGAACUCCACUGAAUAAUUCUGAAUUCAAACAUGCUGCUAAACUCUCCUGCUUCCAGUGCUGAUUAAUUUUUUUUCCAUUUCUGUGAGUCUCUCAUCCUGCAUGCUAAUCACAGUUUUUCAUGUUUUGCUUUUUGUUCCCCUCCAAAACUGCCAAUCAGUGAAGCUACGACUCUUCCCUCCAGUCUCCACAGGGGCUAAAUUAGAUGUUCAGUAACUUCAAGUCUGAAGUUUAAAAAAAUACAGAAUGUUUUAUAUACAAAUUCUAAGUCGUGUAUUCCAGAUUUUUUGUCUUUUAGAAAAAUGAAAUUCAACUUGCAAUAAAUAAUUUGCAAUCCAUAGAGGUCCAGUGUAUGCCAGUCAGUAACUGGACCCAUCAAUUGCAGCUUUGCCAGACAGUUUGAAGUUGCCAAUUUUUUUGCUAGGACAAUGAAUCAAACUGCAAAUAUGGGAUGAGCUGAAUAGAAGAAUUUCCAAUCUAGAUUUCUGAGGACAAGAGAAUUAAUUUCAUAUUAGAGAGUAGUUAUUUUUGCAUGAAAGCAGUGUCUUAAACCAGAAAUUUUCUUUCAUUGGAAAGAGUUAAUAAUUAAUGAAAUUAUUUCUAUUAUUGUGCUUGCAUGUAAGUAGAGGAGAAGCCAAUUUUGUUAAAUUAGAAAAUUGUGCUUGGUUUUCUUGCAAGAAAUAUUAUAGUUUUCAAGACUGUAUCUAAUUAGAAAGAGUUUGUUUUGGUUAGUUUUCCAUGAAGUAAAAUUUUAGUUUAGAGUGGUUCAUAAAGAAUUUUCUAGAAG